AUAAUUGCUUAUAAAUAGAUUAUUACCAAAAAAGGUAGUGUGUAAAAAAAAAAAAAAAAAAAAAAAUGUUUUUAAACUGAAAAAAUAGGCUAGCGAGGUGAUUUACUUGUAACCCGUAUGAUACAUAAAUUGGUCCUUCUUUAUGUCAUCAUCAUUCACAAGUUAAUAGUAGACCCACCCCAGAUUCUGAACAAAGUUGGACACAUAUCGUUUAGAGGCUGCUAAAUCGAAUCAUAUUCUAGCAGGUAUUGUCAAAUAUCGAAUAGUCAUUUUAUUAAUCGAAAUUCUAUCAUAUCACGUGGAGGUCUGAUGUUUAAACUUCUAAUAGCUAGCUCAUAUAGAUGUACAAUGCUUUGAGGGGUAAUUCAGUAUGACAUGUUCUGUUCAGAUGUUUCAAAAUCUGAUAAUGAUUCAUUUCAUAUUGUGAUAUUGAUGAUGAUGGUGGCAUGGGGAUGAAAUUUAUGAAUGAUAUUUAUCUACCCUAUAUCGUAUACACUCAUGUUACCAGUUCAUAUUUAAUCUGAUUACAUCCCAUUUCAGUUGACAUGCAUUAGAGCAGUGGUUCUGUCUGGACCCUGAAGCACUAUUAGCCUAUAUGACUGGUCUUUUGAUUUGAAUGAAUGUAAUCCAAACCUCAACUUCAAAACCUAUAAAUAAUUUAAAAUUAGACCUAAAGCCUUCUGUUGGUGUAAAGUUCAGGAAUGAAAAAAACCUCUCCAAUAAAUAGCCAAAAUAUUACCGUACACAUUGAAAUAAUGAGUUUGAUGUUUGAACAGUUGAAUAGGACUGUGUUCUUGAAGUAAAUUGGCGUUAAGGGGGUCUGUGGAAUUCAUUUCACAGUUAAAGGGUUCCCUGGCUGCAAAGAGUUUAAGAGCACCUGCUUUAGAGGAUCUCAGAAGUUAAGCCAGUUUUAGUUUGUUUUACAAGGCUCACAAUUUUUUUAUUUCAAUACCUAGCCCCCAGGUCCUGUAUCGACAGUAAAGCGUUUUAGAGCUAAUGAUUUGGUUUACUGGCACAGAAGGAAGGCGUUAGGAAGUCACAUGAGAAGAGUCCACGUGCUUUGAUGUUGUUCCAGGAAAAUGCUGUGUAUGACAGCAACUUAUUUUUGUACAUUUCGAAAAGCACAGCUUGUGGUAUGCUCUUCCCAGCAGUGUGAUGUGAAAGGUAGGUGACAUUUCAGAAGAGGAAGUAGAAGAUAGCAACUUUUGACUUCAGGAAAAGAAGCUCAUCAUACUGGCCUCUUCUUUUCUAUAACGUCAUAUUGUGGAAGUGUGUCUCAACAAUGAAGAUGUCUUUUUCUCUAUAACUAGGGAAACGCACUUAUUGUGUGUAGUUGUUCAGAUGCCCCCACCACACAGACACACUUCAACCCCUCAGAGCACCCCCUUCCACCCCCCUAGACACACUCUCUCUGUCCGUCAUUCUCCCUUUCUCUCCCUAGCUCUCUCUUUUUAAGCAACAUGCAAUGCUUUUAACAUAAUUUGGCCUAUUGUUUAGCUGUGACCCAGCCCCCCAAGCUUCUAGUCAAAGAAAAAAACACAAAGAAGGGUGAGCCACUGUAGUCCCUCAACUAGCCAGGUGUUUCCCACUGCCGGCCUGCUCCCUAAUGGCCGAGGCCUCGUGCUGCAGCUGCCUGCUCAGGCCCUCUUUUGUGUGGCUCUAUUGUUGGCCACACACCCCUCGUUGAUUCAUGGGCCGCACGAGGGAAGACCUUUUGGAAUGACAGCCACUGGCUUAUCUGCACGCUCCCCCAGUUUGAGUGUGUGUGCGAGUGUGUGUGUGUUCCAUUGUAAGCCGGCUGCUCUCUCAUUGGUCCACGAGCAGACUCACUAAUGGGGGAAUGGUAGACAUUGUACCUCCAUCUGCUCCAGCUCUCAUUGUUUAAGCCGCCUUCUGCAGAAAAAAGAUCUAUGGUGCAGACUCUCUUCCUCAGUUGAAGCGAGUGUUUGAAGGGCCGCUGCACCACAAGCGUGGAACGCUUUACUGCUCUUUCAGUUUUCCUUUUAGACAACACAGAAGCGCACCGGAUCUCUAGUUUGUAUGAGACAAUCCACUGAGGCACGCCGAUAUAGGAUACAAGAUAUUUUUACUACUUUUACUCAUUGAAAGCACUUUUCAAGGAACUUUCCAGCGGAUGCUUGGGACAGUCUGUCCUGACUGGUGGUUCACAUGACCAUAACAGUCUGAGGGGUGAGUAACAGUUGGUCCAGAGGUCAGAAGAGGUCACAGGCAGCACGGCGCUGAAUGUCCGUGACAGCUUCAUGGGCCUGAAGGACCAUCUGGAUGAUGGAGCAGGCCACAUCCUCGACCUGGGGCUGGAUCUGGACUACCUCCAUGUGAAGGCUGUAGACCGGCAGGCCGGUGCAGAUGCCCUUUCCAGAAUGGACAGGGGCUCAUUGGACACCAGCGAGGAAGGAGCGCCCAGCUCUGGGAGAUGUCCUUCUUCGUCCCGGGGUGACUCAGAGGACAGCUGUGGAUCUGAUGGCGAGGUGGAGCGGGGCUGUACACUUGCCCCAAGCGAUGGAUCAGCUCGAGCUGUGCAUCCGCCUCUUUGCCGCUCUCCAUGUCUGGAUCUGGAUUCCCCAGUGCUGCCAGAAGUGACGCAGGAUAAUCCAAACACUGAAAAUUCUCUAAGGGAGUACCAGACCAAGUUGGAUUUCGCUCUGAAGCUGGGUUAUGCUGAGGACUUGGUCCGAUUGGUAUUAAGCAAGCUCGGGUCAGAUGCACUGAUCAACGACAUCCUAGGGGAGCUGGUGAAACUUGGCAGCAAGUCAGACAGUGACAGUGGUGCGGCGACUUCAUCCACUUCCACUUCUUCAUCUUUAGCGUCUUCCGGGUCAUCGUCUUCUUCAGCAUGUAGCUUCUCAGAGUCUACCGAUUCGCGACGCUCUGAGUCGCCAUCACAGUCAAUCCUGGAUGACAAGGAUAACCUACGCCCCAUUGUUGUGGAUGGAAGCAAUGUAGCCAUGAGCCAUGGCAACAAGGAGGUGUUUUCUUGCCAAGGUAUUCAGCUUGCAGUGGACUGGUUCCUUGAACGGGGCCACAAAGACAUCACAGUGUUCGUACCAGCAUGGAGGAAAGAGCAGUCCCGACCUGACGCUCUCAUCACAGAUCAAGAGAUCCUGAGGCGACUGGAGAAGGACAAGAUCCUGGUUUUCACACCCUCUCGCCGGGUCCAGGGGCGUAGGGUGGUGUGCUAUGAUGACCGGUUCAUCGUCAAAUUGGCUUACGAAUCCGAUGGCAUCAUUGUCUCCAAUGACAACUACAGGGAUUUGGCCGUGGAAAAGCCAGAAUGGAAGAAGUUUAUUGACGAGCGACUUCUCAUGUACUCGUUUGUCAAUGAUAAGUUCAUGCCUCCUGAUGAUCCCCUUGGUCGCCAUGGCCCCAGCCUUGAGAACUUCCUGAGAAAAAGGCCCAUCGUCCCAGAACACAAAAAACAGCCUUGUCCAUAUGGAAAGAAAUGCACUUAUGGUCACAAGUGCAAGUUCUACCACCCAGAGCGUGGCACCCAGCCGCAGCGUGCCGUAGCUGACGAGCUCCGUGCUAGUGCCAAGACCUCUGCAGCCAAAGGCACGAAUGACUCCGGUCUUGUGAAAAGCCACAGUGUUCCAGGAGGCUCUCGCAAUGAUAAAACCGGUGAUGGAAAGCGUUCACACUCAAAGCGGCAGUCAGACCCCAGUGUCCGCACCCUUUCGUACGGUGACGUGGAGGACAAGCUGAGCUCCAAAACCAAAGCAGACCCCCAGAACAGCAGCUUGGCGCUACCCCCAGCACCAGGUGGGCCCCCUUCCUGCCACACUCAUACACAAGACCAGAGAGAACAACUGACAUGCUUUUCCAAAAGUCAUACAGUGCCAGCUUUCCCUCAAACAGACUCCUACCCCACCUCUGAGUCUCCAGACCUCAGCUACUACUCCCUUGUCCGUGGCUACUCUGGCCUCAGCUUGUCCACCCAAAGGAGCCCAGAGCGGCCUUUCCUGUCUGACAUGGAUGCACGGCUCAGUUCCGUGGCAUCUGACUGCAGCAGCGAGGGCAGCGCCAGCUCUGAUUCGUAUGGCACGGUGCCUCCUGGUGAGCGCUCCUGCAUGAGCUCGCCUGACUCACUGCUGGACGAUGGGCUCAAGUGUCAUCAUUACCACCACCUCCACCACCACCGCAGGCAGUACCCGCUGCCCAUGGGCCUGAAUCCACCACCCCACCACCACCACCAGAGCCGUGUGCUUUCCCCAGUCCCUUCGCCUCACCCAGGGUACCAUCACGGGAUGGCCCGCGGACACAGCUUCACGCAAGAUGACCAGCCUCCGGAGCCCCACUUCAAGCACUCAGUGUCCUACAUUGGCCCACAAGUCCAGCACCAGAUGAUUGGCGCCAGAUCCAGUUGUCCUGGAGAAUACGCUCCUCAGAGUUCCCCACUGAGUCGAGGCCUGGCAUCUACACGUCUUGACAGCGUGUCUGACUCCAGGCUCUAUGAGCGCUCACCACUUUUGACCAGAAAGCCCUUCCCAGACCAGGAGAGGAUGGCCAGCUGGGAGCCAUACUAUCAGCAGCCCUGCUACGAGCCCUUCACUUUCCAGAGCCUUCCAGAAAACAGGCAGCAGGCAUGGCGGGUGCCUUGGGGACAAACUCCUCUUCAUCCUUCUCCUCCUCAUCCAUCCCAUACUCCCCACCAGCACCAGGAACCGCCUGCCCUUGGUCGCUAUCAGGAAUUGCGUGAGAAAGUGUUCAUCAACCUGUGCAACAUCUUCCCCACUGAGCUUGUGCGCCUGGUCAUGGGCCGGUAUCCUCAUGUUACCGAUGCCCAACAGCUGGCAGCCGCUAUCUUGGCUGAAAAGAGCCAGACUGGAUACUGACAACCCAUGCAAAUGAUUGGAACUGUAGCAAAUAUAUUGAGUUCAAUUAACUUGUGUGUUUCCUGAGGACAGGGGUGUCUGCUAGGGAUAGUCCAGGCCUUGAUAGGUUAUACUGUGCUUCCGUUUGGAGGUUUUACAAGGUUUUAAUGGAAACCUGUAAAAAUGAUCGUAGUGAGGACGUAGUGAGUCAUGUCAUACCUGGAUUUCUUAUUUGACUCAGUUUGAAGUCUGUCAAGUUUUUUUUUUUUUUCUUCAGCAGUGGAGCCAUAACUGCUAGUAGCAAUUUGUCUACCUGAAGUGUGAAUGUGGAAAUGAGUGUGACAUUAUUUAUUUUAGUCUAUAUAUUUCCAGCAAGGUUUUGCUUUAUGUUGAUAGUUUGGUUCAGGUGAGCAUGUACUAAUUCACAAGGCACUUUUUCAUUGCUGUUUAUCAAAUGUAAAGUUUGAUAACUUAUGUCAAUCAAACAAGAACUGAUGGAAGGCCAGAUGAUUUGUAGGAGUGAACAGCGUACUGCGAUCAAGUUGUUGUCACUGAUGCAGAAAUUGGGCUCACAUGUAAAAAUAAGAAAUGACCAAAUAAAGAGCAAACAAAGGGCAGGACCCUGUCUGCUUUUUCUUGUGACAAGGAAAAACAGUUUGCUCCCUCAGCAAAAAAAAAAAGGUGUAUAAAUUUACUACAAAUUUUAUUAAGUCAGUUUAAAAUACAUUCCCACAAUAUCUGGCCUUUCAUAAUCCUUGUGAUAUAAUGCCUACUCUCACUUGAAAUUUUGUGUUUUGUUUUUAUUUAGUGUCUCAAAAUUGCUUUCCCCAUAACCAAUUUUUGAAUCAUGAAUCAUUGGGUCUUUGGGGAAAUGCACCAAAAGCUGGCCCAGUGAAGUACUCACUGAGUAUUAUUUUAGUAGUAUAGUUGUGUUAAAUUAUUAUCAUUUAUUUCUUACAGGUAUCUUUUAAGCUUUGUCAUUUUGUUUUGUUGUGUUACAGAGAGACGUUUAUUCAUGGAUGUGUGGAUGUGUGAUCAUGUGCUUGUCUGUAUGUCUGGGAACUUGGGUGGAAAUUCUCAUCAACUAUCUUGCAUCAUAAAGCCAGUGUUAUUAGAUACAGUGGCAGAGUUUCCCAAAAAGGAUGUGGUUUUUAGAAAUGAAGAGUUUAACUUUCACUCAGCACUUUUUGGGAAACUUUUGCCGUGGUCCAUAACCACAGGUGUAGUGUAGGGGAGACAGACACCACCAGUCUGUCUUUGUACCUUAGUUUUAGUAAGGGACGUCUCUGGCUUCACGUAUUGGGUGCAUGCUACUGUCAUUCGUCAUCUUCAUCCUGGUGCUGUAUAAGCAGUUAUGAGGGAAAACCUGAUUGGGUGAGAAGCUUUUGUGAGUCGCAUGUUCGGGAACUUCCAACGAGACGUUUGUAUUUGUUACUGACGUGACCUGUGGUAGCCAGAGAAUACCUGUCCUCGUUGAUACAAAUUGUAUCUUUUUUUUAACUUAAAAAACCAGAGACAUUUAUAUACAUAUUAAUCUAUGGAUAAAAUAUAUUCACACAGUUAUGUACAAUAUGUAGUACUUGUGUAAUUUAAGAUAUUUUUGGCAACAUUUUAUCAUUACUUCAAGGAAAACGGUUGAAGCGUUUCUUUCCUUUUUUUUUGUGGGCUAAAAAGAGCAUCAAAUGCAUCUUUUAAAAAGGAUGGAGGGUAUUACCGUGAUGGAGCUAUAUGCUAACUAUUUUAUUUAUUUAUUUUCUUUGGAAGCAGAGGGUUAUUUAUGGUCUAUACCUAGAAUUAAAAAGUGGGUUUUUGGGUAUGAAGUUGGUUUUUACAAUUUUAUGAGGCAAAAUGACUGAUUAUAUGUAUUAUUAGGUUUUAAUUUGUUUUCCGUUGAUACGGUUCUCAGUGGUUUUCCAAAAGCUUUAUUAGUAUAACGAUUGUAUUUACAUGGUAAAAUGAGCAGAUGACUGCUGAACCAUAUGAUUGGUUAUUAUGCUAUGAUGCUUCUGGAAGACUUGUAAACUAAAACUUCACAUUUUCUGGAUUUGCCUGUGGAAAACAAAUGAUCACACAGACCUUGUGUUUUACCUGAAAAUAUCCGAUGCAUUUCAAGAGGGCUGGGCUCUUUGGGUGUAAAAUGCUGCCUGAAAUAUUUGUUAGGAGCACCUUUGUUUUGAAAAAGAAGAGCCUUCCCUCGAGCCAGGUGGCACCAUGUGCCAUCGUUGGCAGUGGCGUGGGCAUAGAGUAAAUGCCUCUACACGGCAUUGUGCUUAAGACACAUCUGAAUAAUCUGAACCAUGUUCAGCUUACGAGUUUUCAGGGCCGGCCUUACUGCAGGACGUCCUUAAUGUCAUUUUGUGUAUUUGUAGAAUAAUAACUACUGUCCUUACCUAAGCACGCUGUUAACAGCUUUCACACAAAUACACAGGAGAUUAUGGACGUCUUCAGUAAAGUGGCACCACUUUUCAUAUAUAUAUAUAUAUAUAAAAGUUGUUUUUCAUUGUGCUGUGCUGUAUCAAAGCUUCAGUGGACUUGCUGUGAGUUAAUGUUACUGUACUGAUGUCACGCCUUCUCCUCCAUCAAGUCUCUCUGCUUUUUCUAAACCGCCUCGUGGUGGAAAUGUACAUAGGCUAAUUACAGAACCUGUUUCCGUGAUGCGCAUCCUGAUCUGUGGAACGACGCACACAGGGAGACUGCUGAAUCCAUUUUCACGCAGAUGUAUUGGAAGGUUCAGUAAUUACUCCUUGAUUCAUGAAAUGUAGGCUUUACGCUCAAGGACCAAAGCGAACAGUGAAUUAGUCAGCAGUAGGAUUCAGAAGAUAGUCCAAUGAUAGUGCAUUUGUUGGGCAAAAGCAAGAUAGUCUUUCAGAUUUUUUUUUAAACCAGAUGAAGUUAUAUCGUUGGAGAACGGGAAAAAAAUAGUUUGGUAUUUUUAUGAUGUCAGGAAAAUAUGUGGUCAGAACUUUGUUGUUGCUGCAUAUCCUGGAGUUUCCAAAUGUGUAUUUUUAUUGAAAUAAAAAUACCAAGAUCAAG